UUAGUGUAGCAGGGUCAUGAAGAAGAGGCGGCGGCGGGAGAUCGGAGGCGGCGGCGGGGGCGUGAAACUGCGGUAGCUGCCCGGUGGGCUGUUGGUGUGGCCUUGUGGGAAGGGCGUAGUUCCUAAAGCCCUCUCCGGGCAGCGGCCGGGGCUCGGGGUUGAGAGCGGCCGUGGGGUCGCCUCCCCGGGCCCCCUGGCUCCGCCAUGUUCCGCAGGGCACGCCUUAGCGUGAAGCCCAAUGUCAGGCCUGGAGCAGGCGCCAGGGGCUCCACCGCCCCCAAUCCACAGCGUGAACGAGAGGCUCCCAGGCCGCCGGAGCCUGCAGCGGCCUCUGUCCCGAAGCCAGCGGAAUCCACAGAUGUGCCCCCGGUGGAUUGUGGGGAAAAGGAGCUCCGAGAAAAGACUCCCAAGAGCAGUGAUGAAAAGACUGAUGGUGGGAAGGAUGUUGAAGAAUCCAGUAAAUCUUCCUCUACCGUUUCACAGAGAAGAAAGCGAGUAUCAAGUACUUUUAGUCUGGUUAAACCUAGUGUCAGUGUUCCUUCAGAACCUCAUCCUUUAUCUACAGUUAAUCAAGAAGCUACACAGCCAAACCCUGUUCCAACAAAAGAGAAACAGCCAUGCUCAGACAGAUACCGAAUAUAUAAAGCCCAGAAACUGAGAGAAAUGUUAAAAGAAGAAUUGAGGAAAGAGAAGAAGCAAUGGAAAAACAAAUAUGCUGUAAAUGAAAGUCAGAGGCCACCAGAUCGUUCCAAAAUGACUAUGAGAGACUUCAUAUAUUACCUGCCAAAUAACAAUCCAAUGACUUCUUCACUGGAACAAGAAAAGAAAACUGAAAAAUCAUUGACACCAGUCCAGACAAGAGAGCAAGAAGGUAAGAGUACUCCUGAUGGUGAAGCUAAUGAAGAAAUAGAAGAGGAGAUGGAUGAUGGGCCAUUGCUGGUUCCUCGAGUAAAAGUGGCAGAAGAUGGUUCUAUUAUUUUGGAUGAAGAAAGUUUAACUGUAGAAGUUUUAAGGACCAAAGGCCCCUGUGUUGUUGAGGAAAAUGACCCCAUAUUUGAGCGUGGUUCUACAACUACAUACUCCAGCUUUAGGAAAAACUAUUACUCUAAACCAUGGUCAAAUAAAGAAACAGAUAUGUUUUUCUUAGCCAUCAGCAUGGUAGGAACUGACUUUUCUAUGAUUGGACAGCUUUUUCCUCACAGAGCAAGGAUAGAAAUUAAGAAUAAAUUUAAACGUGAAGAGAAAACAAAUGGAUGGAGAAUAGACAAAGCAUUCCAGGAAAAGCGCCCUUUUGACUUCGAUUUUUUUGCUCAUUUGCUUCAGAAAGUUCUUGCUGAAGAAGAGAAAAGAAAACAAAAAUCUGUUAAAAAUCAGACUUUAAAGGAGAAGUCCUCUAAAUCACGGAAAAAUGUAAAAGUGAAAAAAGUCUCCAGUGAAAGAGUGAAUGAUAAUCCAGAUGAGUCUGUGAGCACUAGAAUUUCAGACACAGAAGGAUCUCAAAAGGAUGCUCAGACAGUUGAAGAAGAACAACAGUCUCUGACUUUAUCAGGACAGGAUUCAGAACAGAAUGCAUUAGAACAAGAUAUAAAUCAAAAGAAAAGGAGAAGAAAGAAUCAGGAUGAAGGUAGUGAACAAGAGGUAAAUCUUUCAGGAAAUGCCAGUGUUCAGCCAGGCUCUUCUAAAGGAGAAAAACACAAAAAUAAAUGCCUGUCUUUAAGUCCUGAGAUAAAUGAAGAUGAAAGCAAUAAGGAACAAAAGCUUCCCUGUGUACAGAACACAGAUGACAUUGUGGGUCUAUCCUCUAAUGAAAAGACUGAGAAAAGAACUGACCCUGCUCUUUCACCAAGUAUUCAACAAGAUGCCGUAUCAGUAGCAACUGAGACUUCAGAAUCAAGCACUUCAUAUUUGCCUUCAUCAGAAGGUAGAAUUAGAGCAUUGUGUGAGGUGAAUAAUGCUGAGAGUAGUUGUACAGAAGAAGGAAAUGUUGACCUAAAAGAUAAAGCACUGGAAACUGAUCAAACAGAAAGUAUUAAACCAAUGACAAGAGGACGACUCCAGAGACCUAAACCCAAUUUAUCAAGGGCAGUUGGGAAGAAAUCAGUUCUUUCACAAGGGAAAACAGAUGCAGAGAACAAGAGUUUACAUACAGAAACUUCAGUUGAAAAGAAUCAUAUGGAAAAGGAUAAAAUGAAUACACUUGGUAUUUCUGGAAUGGAGAAUAAAGAGAAAGAGAAUCCAGAAGCUGACACUGCAUCUAAUUUGAGUGAAAAAAUUUGUCUGCAGGAAGAUGAUCAGCUAAAGGCUUUCAGACCUGCACGCCUAAUGAGGGGCUUAUUGCAAAGGCCAAAGCCAAAUGUAGGUAAAGCUGCUGAAAGAAAAGAAACUGUUACAUCACAGGAAAAAAUUGGGGCCAGUGUAGAAAAGAAUGAAAAUGAGUCCUGUAUCGAUAGAUAUACUCCUGAACAAAUAGAAGAUCAGGCAUGUAAAAAUUUUGAUUGUGAGGACAUCACAUCACAAUCUGAAAAAAAGGAUACUUCUUUUCAAAAUGUGCAGUCAGAUGAGCCCAAGGCUCUUAAUGAAUGUCUAAGUAUUCAAGAGGAUAAUAAAGCAAAUAAACAAGUUCAAAUUCUAAAGACUCGAUUUCAGAAACCAAAGCCAAAUAUAAGAAGAAGAACUGGAAGAAGAGAAAUUUUCUCAAAGGAACAAGAGGCACCAAAGGAGGUUCUUGCCCCUGAGGAGAUGACAACAGCUUUGAGAGAAAGUGCAAGAUUGGAGACCUCACCAAGGGAAAAGGUACCUGUGGGGACUAAUGCUGCUAAGGAAAUGGAGUCAGAUUUAAAAGAAACUGAAAGAAAAGAUAUCUCUCCCAGGGAGAAAAUACCAGAAAUGAUUGAUGUCACUGUGGAAAUGGAGACAGCUUUGAGAGAGACUGGAAGAGAGAUUUUCCCAAGGGAGAAGAUAACAAAGGUGACUGAUGCCACUGAGGAAAGAGAGACAGAUUUGGAAGAGAUUGAACGAAGAGAAAUAUCCCUACAGGAAAAUGCCCCAGAGGAGGUCAAUACUAUUGGUGAAGUGAAGACAGGUUUGAAAGAAACUGGAAGAGAGAUUUCCCCGAGGGAGAAGAUACCGGAGAUGAUUGAUGCCGCUGAGGAAGUAGAGACAGAUUUAGAAGAAACUGAAAGAAGAGAAAUACCUACACAAGAAAAGGCCUCAGAGCUCAGAACUAUAGAUGAUGAAAUGGAGACAGAUUUGAACAAAAUUGGAAUAGAAAUUUCCCCAAGGGAAAAGGUACUAGUGGGGAUCAGUGCCACAGGGGAAAGGGAGAUUGAUUUGGAAGAAACUGGAAAAAGAGACAUUUCCCUGAUGGAAAAGGUAUCAGGAAAGAUGACUGCCAUUGAGGAAACAGAGGCAGAUUUGAAAGAAACUGGAAGAGAAAUUUCCUUUAGGAAAAGCCAAUCAGAAGAGAUCAGUGCUUCUGAGGAAAAGGUGGCAGAUUUGGAAAAAACUGGAAAAAUAGACAUUUCUCUAAGGGAAAAUGAACCAGAGGAGACUGGGACCUCAAGACAAACUGAGACAGAUUCAUUGCAGAGGGGUAGUGGUGACUGCAGUGCUGUGCCUUCACUAAAUAUUAAAGACAUUAGCAGUGAAGUACAAUCCGUGGUGCAUGUAUCUGUAGAAGAAAAAAGAAAUUCUGAAAAGGAAAUAUCAAGUCAGUUGAGUCAUUUGAACAUUUCUUCACAGACUUCUGAACUUGAUAAAAUAGAAGACCAGAGGAUGCUAUCUCCAGAUGUUCCAGAGCGGUUUUCAGAUAUUAAUUUAAGCAAAUCUCUUCCUCAAGAACAGAAGCCAUUUGAAGUGAAACCGGCACCUUUUGUGAGAAGUAGAUUCAAAAGACCAAAACCAAACUUAGCAAGAGCAGCUUCAAAAAGAGAGACUAUAGAAGCAGAAAAACAUGCACCUGGGAAGAAAGUGGAAGCUGAUAAAAAAGGGACUGUUGUGAUACAGCAGAAUGGGGAACAAAUGAGAACUCUCCCUUCUCAACGUGAUGUGGCUUCCCUAAUGGCAUCAACAGAAAAAGACAAAUCAGAUCACAGUCAAGAGGAGGCUGUGAUAUUACCAUAUGUACAGACUGAAAAGGACCUUUCCCCUUCGAGUUCUUGUGAACCUAUAGAGGAGUCUCAGUCUACACAAGCCCAGGAAAAGGAAUUAGUUGUCUCUGUGGGGACUUAUCAUAUAAACACUUGCGAACAAGAAAUGAAGGAAAGCGCUAUCCAAACUGCUCCACCAGUAAGGGGCCGACUUCAGAGACCCAGUCCAAACUUAAGAAAGGUUGGACAGAGGCAAGUAAUAGAAAAAAGUGAAGCCAAAGAAACAAUUAAGGAAGAAAGGACACUACAAAAAGAUGAAACUAAAAAAUUCCUGACUGUGCCAAAUUCUCAAAUUGCAAUGGAAAUUGAAGUUGUAUCCUCCAAAGUUUCAGAAGGCAGAAUGUAUGAAAACCAGAGUCACGUUCUUUUAGAAAACCUUCAUGUUAACAAAAUAAAUGAAACCUUAAGACAUGAACAUAAAACGUAUGUUUCUAGUCCACCACAAAUGAUAAGAAGCCAAUUCCAAAAGGCUAAGCCAAAUUUGGGAAGAGCACAAGGUAAGAAAGAGGAAUCAGGCAUAGGAAAAGACAGAGCAGAUCAGAGUAAGGCAAGGAAGCCAGAAGAUAAUUUGCUGCAGCAUGGAGAUUCUGACACCCAGCUUCUUCAAAAAGGAAAAGCUGAGUUUCUUACAUCUCUGGAGAUUUCAGCAAGAAAAGGUUCAGUAGGUUCCAGGGAGAUUGGUUUGGCAAAAAAAGAUGCUCAAUCAGAAGUUGGACCAUCAGGAAGUGUUGGAGAGAAAACCGUAGGCGAUAAUUCUAUGUGUUCAGUUGUCGAAGAGCAUGUCAGUAAACCAGCAAGCUCUCCACAACUGUUAAAAGAAUCAAAUUAUUCUAAAAUUGCUGUGGAUCGAAGAACAGCUCUCUCUUCUGCCUCUGAAUGUAAGAUAGAUCGUAGUGAAAGGAGAAUGCGUCGAAAGAUUAAACCAAACGUCCCCAAAGGGCGUGGAUCAAAACGAAUUCGGAGUAAGACCUCUAAGAAGGAACCUAGAGCUUCUAAGCCUGUGCUGGUGACUCUUCGAGCUUCCCAGGAAGAAGAUGAAGAUGAUGCGGAAGACUUUGAGUCUGACUAUGAAGAAGAAAGCUAUCAUCUUGCUCCAGAAGAAGUAAACAAAGCUCCAGUGUUUGUACCUGUUGGUCUCAGAUCUCCUGAACCAGUUUCUGCUCAGAUUGAGGAAACCAUGGAAGAGCUUGAAAUACCCAUGAAUAUCCCAGAUGUAGGAUGCAUAGCUGUUGUUGAACAUCAGCUCUCAUCAAACAUAGAUUUGACUACUCAGGAAAUGAAACAAGAAGAAAAUCUGAAUGCAUUAUCAGAAAUGACCACAGGUGAACAUUCCCAAGCUGAAACAGGUACCAACGAUGGAAGCACUGAAGCUGCCAUAACUUUACUUACAAUGGGAGGUCUGGUGUUGCAGUCAGAGAUCAGUACAGAACAGAGUGAUGGAGUAUGUGUACUUCCUGAUGUUCAUUCAAACGAUAAAAGCCAUAUUCCUUUUUGCCCAGAUAAUACAAAUCUCAAAAUUGUUCAUGAAUGUCAGGAACCUUCUUCACCUAUCAGUAGUACAUCUCCGUCAGUAGAAGAAAACAAGAUUAUGUUGGAUGAACAAAGUACUAAAGAAGAAAUUGGUUUAAUGGAAGAAGUAAAGGAAAACUCUAUAUCAUCCAGGACAACUUCAGAAGUGACCAAUAAUUUGAGAAUGAGAAGUAGAUUUGCCAAGCCUAAGCCAAAUCUUAAGAAAAUUUUAGGAACCAGCAGGUUUGGUGCUCAUCAGGAAGUUCCCAGUUUGUUUGUAACUAAAGAAUUGGAAAUUCAAAGAGAACCUGAGAAAAAUGCUUCUAAAGGGAGAGAAUUAGAAGAUAAAAUCCUUGAAUCAGUUACAACAGCAGAGAGUAAGGAGCAGAGCAAAUUGGCAUCUGUACACGGUAUUGAAGAAACCAGUAUUUCACAAGAAGCACGCCUAACUGGAAGAGAUGAAGAUGAAGAAGGGAGGUCUGCAGAGGUUCAGCUGUCUUCAGUUGCUCCUGUUUCGUCUGAGUCAAGGCCCCACACACUUGGUUUGGGUAUGGGUCUUGGUGAGAGUUCUGUCGAAGAGCCCCUGGGAAAGGACUCUAACGGAGACAGUAUGCUUAUACUUCAUGUGCCAGAGGUAAAAGAAUUUACUCCUUGUAGUAUUCCAGAAGUCCAACAAGAGAAUAUGAACAAUCCUCAAGACUUAACAGUGAAUCUAGUUGCUAAUGUACAUCAAGAAGGUGAGGAUGAACAAGCAUUCAUUUUAACUCUGGUGGAAAUCCCAACCAAUGCAGUAGAAGAAUUUGCUGAUACCACUAUGCAGUUAAUGCCAAACCCUUUACUGCCAGCCCCCAUAUUGGUCAAAUCAGUGAAUACAGAAGAAAGGGGGGACAUGAGUAUCAGUUUUCCAGUAACUUCAGCUGGUCAGGAUGACAUUUGUUUAUCUAAUUCUGGAAGAGAUGAUUCUGAAAAGCCUCCUGCUAAUUUGGAUCUUGUAUCUAGGAAGAGAUUUCACUGUAGGCUUGACGAAAGUGACCAUGUUCCUCCUGCCAAAAAAAGUUCACUCACUUUAAGAGAUGAUUGUCAAAAAUAUACCUCUGAGGUGUGUUCAAAGGAAUUAAUAAAUGUUUUGGAGAAAACAGGAGAGUCUUACAAGGGACAAGCUAUCUUCCCUACCUCAGGAAACACACAUACAAUCCCAGAACCUCAGAAAGAGCAACUUGAACCAACUUUUCAGAGUAUCAGAUCUAAACCUCUUGAUAAAAUAACAGGUACACAAGAAGAGAAUACAUCUCAGUUACCUCAGGAUGAGAUAGGGGUGUCUGAUAAGGAAAAAAGAACUUGUGCUGCUUCUAAGUCUGAACAAAUGGAUAGCAUCACAUCGUCUUCAAAAACCCCACUAUCCAGACCUGGCAGAAGACCCCUGGGAUUUUUGUCUUUAAUAUGUUCAAAGAAUAGUUUGGAGUCUGAUGAACCUACUCAGGUUCGUAGCAAGAAACGCCUGAAACCUCUUAUACCUGUAUCAAGACAGAAUCUGAAAAGAUCUAAUCCGCUCAAUACAAGCCAGAAAAAAACUCAAGAGUCCUCUGAUCUUCCAUCUCCAAGUGUUGUUGUUAAUACUCAACCUAAAAAUAUUGAUAGUUCAGCAACUCAGGUUUCUUGUAAUCAUCCCUUACCGAAAGGAGAAUGUAAAGAUGUCCAAAACCAGCUACCGGAAGAGGAGCCAAUGACAGUCUCUGAAUAUUUCUUUAGUGAUAUCUUUAUUGAAGUGGAUGAAACAGAAUAA